AUCUUUAUGUUUGUGUACCAAGUGAGUGGGAAGUCAUGACUUAACAUAUCACUCUUUUUUACGAACUUCCUGUGAGUGAAUCAGUAGACCGCAACCACAGUCGCGCACCUUUAUGCACCAGGAAUACCUAUUCGCCGUGGAAUUUAUGGAUUUUGUGUACGAUUUGGAUAAAAAAUCACAAUGAAAGUCGUCGUGUGUUUUGGCGCAGUCAAAGUUGUAGUUCCAUGCGGGAACGGGGAACUCUACGUGAGAGAUUUGAUCGAAAAAGCAAUCCUACGUUACAAAAAAGCAACUGGCAAGCCUCCAGAAUACUGGGUGAAUGUUCGAAGUUUAGAAAACUUGAAUGACGGUGGAAUUUUAGAUUUAGACGACCAAGUAUAUGAUGUAGCUGACGACAGAGAAAAGCUUUUAGCCAUUUUUGAGGAACAAGGUCGACCGCUUCCACCACAUAAUGGUGGUGAUGGUACAAGUGCUAGUUCAGCAGGAACUGCUAGUCCCGAAAUGUUUCACAGUGAAAUAGGUAGUGUUUUAGCAAGAGAUCAAAGAAAUCAACAAGUAGGAUAUCAAGCUUAUAAUAUACAUGAUGUUGAUGUGGAUGUUACCAGUAGACUCCAAGUAACAGAUAAUAAAUUACAUGUGCGGCACGGUAGUGAACCAGCUUUACGGUCUGUGUCGCCAAUAUCACCGGAAGAGAGAUAUAACGAUGAUGAUAAUGAGAAGAGGUGGACACCUACAAUAUUAGAACAGAAAGAACACUCAUCACAUCGAAACAGUAGCACACCAAAGGAGAAUAAUAAUGGGUACCAACAGAGAAAUGGCACUGAAGAGGAGAUUUCCACCGUAUUUUCAAGAUUUGGUCGUGAUUCUGCCCGGCAAUCAAUCCUUGGUAAUCACCCGUCAAUGUAUAAAUGGGCUGAAGCGCAAGAUAAAGUUGAUAUCCAGGACACUGACCGUCAUGAUCCAGUGGGUGGGGAUCUUCCUGUCGGCGAGAAGAGUCCUGCUGAUGGGUCGUCACAAGACUCAGAUAUUGACUCAUUUGUUAUUGAACUUCGUAAUGAUGGGUCACCAGUAGGUCUACAUGUAGUACCAUAUACUGAUGCAAAAGAUGGGAGGGAACUUGGGAUGUUAGUACGUGGGGUAGAGGAGGGUAGUAAAGCAUCGACUGAUGGGAGAAUAUUGGUUAACGAUCGAAUUAUAGAAAUUAAUAAUUUAACAUUAUCAGAUGUUACGUUUGAAAGAGCACAAGACAUUUUCCGGAAAGCCAUGACGACUUUUCCGUAUGUAAGACUUCGCAUAGAGAGAGACAAACACCCCUCACGCCAGAUAUCGGAAGAAGAUAAUGUACACCACAAUUGGAAUGUUGAUGUAAUGUCAGAAAAACCAACGCCAAAAUACCCGCAUCUUGAGCUUCCAGAUGUUGCAAAGGAUGCUGGGACACCAUCCAGUAAAAAAGCACCUCCAGCUGUUCCUCUUAGGUCACCAAAUACAGUAUUAAGCACACCGAUCAAAGACAGGACUAAUGUGCGGAAAAUUGGUAAAAAGCUACACAUUCAACUUACUAAAGGUCCACAAGGUCUUGGCUUCAGCAUUACGACACGAGAUAACCCAACCGGAGGAAAAAACCCAAUUUAUAUAAAAAACAUACUGCCAAAAGGAGCCGCUAUUAAUGAUGGAAGACUUAAAUCUGGAGAUAGACUUCUUGAGGUGAAUGGGAACGAAAUGACAGGUAAAUCACAGGCAGACGCUGUGUCAAUACUACGCAGUACAAAACUAGGAAGUGAUGUUGUACUUGUCAUAUCACGCCAAGAAGCAGUUGGGAAUAAGUUACCACGGCAAUUGGUAAGAGAUGUCCCAGAAGUACCACAGCCAAUUGAACACCAAGAGGAAAUAACACCAACUAAAACAAAGGAAAUCUUGACCUUUGACAUUCCAUUGAAUGAGACUGGAUCUGCUGGAUUGGGUUUGAGUGUGAAAGGCAAAACAACAGGCAAUGGAAAAGAGGGUGAAAAAGUGCCAGGAUCCAAGGAUCUUGGAAUCUUUAUCAAAUCGGUUAUUCAUGGAGGAGCAGCUUCAAAGGAUGGAAGGUUACGUCCCAAUGAUCAGUUAUUGUACAUCAACGAUGAAAGUUUGCUUGGUCUUGCAAACAGUGAUGCUAUGGAAAUGCUCCGCAAAUCAAUGUCAAGUGAAAAAUCACCAAGGUCAACAAUAAAACUAUUAAUAGCCCGACGAUCCGAUGCAUCAUUACCAACAAGUCCUCUUAGUCCAAGUACAAUUGGAUUUAAAAUGCAUUCCCAGGAUUCACUGCAUGGAUCAAAUGACCAAGCAAUUGAUAUUGGACUCUCAGUUAGCCGAUCAGAAGAUAGUCUUAAUCGACACACGCCAUCAUCGCACAUUUCAGCAGCAUCAGCAUCAGCAUCGGAAACUAGUGAAAACUCGGACAAUACAGUAUUGUACAAUCCACCGAAAGAACUUGAAUUUGAAUACGAUCAGGUGCCAGAGUCGUUACAACAUCCUUCAUUACGGAGGUUAAAAAACUUGGAAGGAAAAAACUUGGCUAGGAACAAUUCAUAUAACCUUGCCAUGGGACCUGCCAGCAACCCACCCAAAUUUACAACAGACUUGGAAACUGUGGAUGGGUCUAAGGUAGGAAGUGCUGGUACAAUUACAACACAUUCCAGUACUGGGAUUGUAGCUCCAACUCUGCCAAUGGGAAAUACAGAAACUGUCAUCAUUGAAGAUACGGAUACAGAACAGGACGGUGUUGCAGCUGAGACGUCAAUUAAUGCACCUUCUUCUUCGCAGUGGUUAAAAGAAAAUGGAGACCAAAAGAGUUCUGAAGAUGAUGGAGCAGCUUUCUUCCAAAGAGAAGGGUUUGGACGGCAGAGUAUUUCUGAAAAACAUAAAGGUUCUGCAACAAUAGAUGCAAAACAGACGGAUUGGUACGCCAAACAUCGUAAACAUCCACCGGAGACUGAUGAGACAGCAUCAGAUGAUUCGUCACAAGCUAAUUUAACUGGUUUACAGAAUGUGGUAUCUGUUUCCCCACUAGAGGGCACUUUCCUGAACCAUGAUGAAUUAGACAGCUGUGAUUCCACACAGUCCAAUACAGGAUCACCUGGUGACGACAGUGAUAUUGGUCCAUCACUGGGAAUGAAGAAAUCCAGUUCCCUGGAAAGUCUACAAACAAUGGUUGCUGAGGUGACUAAAGAUGAAACUAAUUUGUAUCCAAGACCAAGACAAAAGGUUGUUAGGGGCAGAGGUUGUAAUGAGAGUUUUCGAGCUGCGGUUGAUCGGUCGUAUGAUGAUGAUGUCGAUGAUGAAUUUGAUGAUGAAGAGAUGCAAACACUGGAUGCAGUGGAAGAAGGAAGUGAAGCAGAAUCAAGAAGUAGAUCUGGAUCAACAAGAUCAUCUAUUGACUCCCUGACACAUGUUACUGACCCCAUUACUGGUAACCAACUCGCUCUCCCCAAAAAUAAACAGUCACACAGACAAAAGAAGAAAAGUGGCCUGUUUAAAGGACUUGGCCAUAUGUUCAAGUUUGGUCAAAAGAGACGAGGUAUGGGUGAGGGAGGUAGGCAGUCAGAUUUAUUACAGAAACAGAAAGAAGAUGAGAUUGAACGAUAUAAAGCCAGGUUGGCAGCAAAGGAGGAACAUCAAAGAAUACAAGAACAACACAAAAAAUUACGAGAACAAGAGGCUUUGAAGAGACAACAAGAAGAUGAACAAGUAAAUCAUCAAGCGCUGAACAGAGAGGCUAUUAAUAAGUCACAAAGAAUGUUGCAACUACGGCAACAACAUCAGCAACGACAUCAUCCAAGACACGACGAGUAUGAGGAUGAAGAACAUAAAUAUAAGAAAAAUGAACAGCGAGUAAGUGAUAGUGAUGGCGGGUAUUCUGACUACUCCAAUCAUAGCAGUGCAACUGAUGCUAAUAUAACUCAGUAUUUAACACAAAGGGAACAAAAGUUUGCUGAAUCUCGUAACUCGCCAGUUCCCAAGUCAACAGAGUAUGCAAAAUUAAGGCAGUCCGGCGGAAGAGACUCACCUAAUCCUGCACCUCGCACGCAUGAUUAUCUGGAUCAUACAAGACCUGAACUAAGAUAUUCUGAUUACUACUCUACUCAGCCGAGAUCAAAUGCCUAUACAUAUGGCAGUCUAGGCAGGCCAGCAAAACUCCAUCCACAGAGACAGUUAGAUCAAACUGGUAACAACCAAAGGCAUGAAAAUCCUGUGCCAACCACUCAAAGACAGUAUGCUACUCAUAGUUCACAUGGACGAACUACGCCCACUGUGAUGACGGGACAUCAGGAGAGUGGUUCCCAUUAUGGUUCGCUUGGACGAACAACGCCUACUGUUAUGGCAGAACACCAGGAAGGGAGUUCGCAUUAUAGUUCACAUGGACGAACAAUGCCCAGUGUUAUGGCAGAACACCAGGAAAGGAGUUCCCAUUUUAGUUCACAUGGACGUACAACGCCCAGUGUUAUGCCUGAAUAUCAAGAAAGGAGUUCCCAUUAUAGUUCACAUGGACGUACAAUCCCCAGUGUUAUGGCAGAACACCAGGAAAAGAGUUCCCAUGAACGUACAAUGCCCAGUGUUAUGCCUGAAUAUCAAGAAAAGAGUUCCCAUUAUAGUUCACAUGGACAAACAUUGCCCAGUGGUAUGGCAGAACACCAGGAAAGGAGUUCCCAUUAUAGUUCACAUGGACGUACAACGCCUAGUGUUAUGCCUGAAUAUCAAGAAAAGAGUUCCCAUUAUAGAUCACAUGGACGAACAACGCCCAUUGUGAGGGCAGAACAUUGUGAUACAGACUCACAUUACAGUGAACAUGGUAACUAUGUGGACCAGAGAAGAUACCGGGAUUCUGGGAACUAUGAUGACCAGGUUAGCUAUCGGAAUGCAAGACAAUACAAGGAAAGUGUUGAUGUUCGAAAUCAUAGACAUUCAGGCUUUUAUGAAGAUUCUUAUUAUCAAAAGCCACAACAGGAUUAUACAAAUAAUCAAAAUUAUGGAAAUAAUGAAACAUACAAGGAUUCUCGGCAGUAUGAUGAUCGAAGGAAUUACAGGGACACAGAAAAUUAUGUGGAACCUCAAAAUUAUGAUAAUUCACGGUAUUAUUUUAAGGACAGAAGAGAUCCAGAAAAAGUUUGA